AUGCGUCCUGCUGCCUCGGAUUCUGUUCGCAGUCGUCCCCGCAAACCCACCGCUCCCAACAUAACGAACACGACACCAUCCACCGAACUUCGCGGCGCAGCUCCGGCAGCAUUUUUCCUUGCUCGGGGAGAUGAUAUGGACGUGUCUGAACCCAGCAUCUCCGUGACACCGAACGAUAGCACAUAUGGAGUGCAGAGCUUAGCAGAUACCAUCGAUGACGGCAUCAGCGGGCCGUUACCCUCGUCGUAUAACAUACACGCGACCGUUGAGCCUGAUGUCGACAGCCCAUUUUUAUCGCCCACGACAAGAAAUACAACACGCAGUGAACAUGGAGAGAAGACCGAAGGCUUAACAAAGCAGUCUCUAUAUCCUCUGUCCGAUGUAGGCGUUCCGCUCUCUACCGUCCCUUCAUUUAUCGGCUCCUUAGGGGAACCGGUGUCUCUACCAAGCAGCCCGAAGUCUUCCUCAAUGCGGUCAUUCAGACAUAUGGAGGAUAUGUCUGCUGUGGACGAAGGUAGCUAUCAUAAUGGUGGACCUGAAAUUGAUGACAGUCUGGUUGAGUCGUCUGAGCUGCAGGACAGCUCUCCGCAGUUGGUUAUGCCUAGUAUAAAAAUGCCCAGCCGACGCCCAUUUACGGAAAGAGGUAAAGCCAUUGGGAGGCUAAAAGUUCUUCUUGCCGGAGCUCCGGGUUGCGGGAAAACUUCAUUGCUUAAAUCCAUUGUUCAAGUCGCCGAGGAUAUUGUGCAUAUCGACCCUCUGCCGCAUUCUUCUACUGCUCUCUACCCGAGUAUGGCAAAAUCACGCAGGAAAUCAUCUGUCAAGCCUCGACGUACUAGAGAGUGUGAGCCAAUUUCCGAAAUAUAUGCUAGUACAAAGCCGUACCCAUCCUGGUGGUCAGACCUGGAAGACUCGAGAGUGUUGCGGAGGAGGAAAAGCUUGGGAGAUGCCGUUUUGGAGAGGAAUUUAUGCUUUGUCGACACUUUCGCGGGUUCAAAAGGUGCCGACCAACAGACUGAAGUUAUAGUUCAUUAUAUGAACAAGCAAUUCACACGAGCAGCCUCUGCUGUACAGUCAGUUACCUCGGAUUUCCAGGGGCUUCUUAGUGGAAAUGGAGGCUCUCAGGUAGACAUUAUACUAUAUUUGAUAUCCGAAAAAACCAUGACUGCUGAUAUUCGGAACAUUCGAAAGCUAUCUAACUUUACAACUGUUAUUCCAUUGAUAGCAAAGUCCGAUACCCUUACUCCAGACGAAACUCAAGCAAUAAAGAAAUCAUUCACAGAACGUGUGCGUGCUGCAGACAUAAAAUUUUCUUGCUUUGGUCCCUUUGGCGACCCUUUCGUGGACGAUGACAGCACAUCAACACCCUCCAUUCCGUUUGCGGUCUCCUCUGCAAAUACUAAUGAUGAAGAAACAAUGGAUGCAAGUAUUCUCAUGAGCCCAGAAUAUGUGCAACCACUUGCACCUUCAGACCUGGGAUUCUUCAUUGAGAAACUCUUGGAUCGAGAUAACAUUGCUUGGUUCCGGCAUUCUGCCGCUAAAAAGUUGAUAGAAGCCCAGCAACACCGCAUCCGUACCCCAGCAAGCUCUCUACCAGGUACAUCAAACAACUACGGCGUUUCGUCUCUCACUGGCUCUCAUCUCACCUCUCCUUUAUUCUCGGCUUCAGCCUCUCACGUACUUGUCUCACGUAAUGGCAGCGUAGGUCCGUCUGACUACACGCUUGCGAGAGUAGCAGACCACACCCGCCGUGAAGAACAGUAUGCUCAAGUACGACUCGCAAAAUGGGCGUCUGACCUCCAACAAAGCUUACAGAACGAGAGAUAUCGCUACGAGAAACUAGGACGCAAUGAACGAGCUGUCUGGCUGACAGAGAAGCUAGGUGAAUGUGUUGCCGAUGGAACGCUGGUGCCGCUGUCGCAAACACCUGGCUUCCGCGGUUUUGGAGACAAGUUAGAUAACGGCAUUGGGAAGAGAAACCUCUGUGUGCGAACGCAGGAUGGUCGGCGUUUUGAGUAUCGAAUUGCUGCUGCAAAUGUGAGCACGGGCGAUCCCCUGGGGAUUCUGGGAUUCGGCGACAACAUCACACGGCGAGGAUGGGUGCUGGUUCAAGUACUGGGCGGCGUGGGAAUUGUUGGCGGGCUGGCGUUAUGGAUGGCGCAGACCUGGGGUCUUGCGGACGGCUUUGCUUAUUACUCUGUAGGCUGGCUUGGUGGGCACAACUAG